UUGGUGAAAAUGAUGACAGUCGUGUUUGUUUUGUUAUUUUUUUUGUUAAGUGACAUUGACAUACCUUACGUUUGCGGUUACUUUGAAAACAACGGUUGACGGGGUCGAAAAACACAAAGUCUAACUGGUUUCAACAAGCACAGCAGCAUUCAGCCCAGUGCAGGCGCUGAAUAAACCAUUUUUCAGGGGUUUGCAUGGGUUUGGGUCGGGGUAGUGCGGGGGCAUGUCGUGGCUCUCUCUUGCACACGGUUGGUGCCAUUCGCUGUCUCUCUCGGCGAGAUGUUGCGCAGUAACUGAUUUCCGACUACUUUGUUUUGAUCGCAGUGGCUUGUGAAUUGUUUUUUUUUUAAUUACGACAAUCACCGAUGACUAGAUUUAUCCCCCUUGAUUAAAUAAAUAAAUUUUGUUUAAAAAAAUGUGGCUUGUUUUUGUAUUGUAAGGGUCUGACGACACGACAGUUUGUUUAGUUUUUAUGACUGGUCAUAAAAUCGUAAAAUGUACUUUAGUAAAGGCAACGUUAUGUAUUCGGUUUAGUUUAAAAAAUGAACAAGUUCGGCCGCUGCCUUUUAAAUGCCACACUAAACCGCCAAUUCCUUAGCCGGACUUACUCCCAAACCCGGUCUCGAAAAAAGUCAUUUUCCAUUCGAAAUGUCACAAUUGUCGGAAGUCUGGCUUUUGGGGGCGCCUUUCUCUCCGACGAAAAGAACCUAAGUUUUAUCGGGGGAAUCCCCCGAUUUUGUCGCUCAAUCAAAACCGGACUCUUGAUCUCCCUCGACUACUACUUCUCCAUGCUCGGCUUAUCCGAAUCCGACCCAAACUACGAAAUUAUGAUGAGUCGCGUCCACCAGAGGGCGGCCGACCGCAUCCUCGAAGCCUGUCUCACCAACGGGGGGCCCUACAUCAAAAUGGGCCAAGGGCUAGUCUCCAUGUCGCACAUCCUCCCCAAAGAGUACACCAAAACGUUGAAAGCCCUCCAAGACAGGUGUCUCCCACGACACCCCAAUGAACUAGUCAAAUUAUUUCUCGAAGAUUUCAAGAAAACCCCCGAGGAAAUUUUCGAAAAUUUCGACCCGAAUCCAAUCGCAGCUGCCAGUUUGGCUCAAGUGUACAAAGCCAAGACUCAAACCGGGGAAGAAGUGGCCGUUAAAGUGCAAUACAUUGAUUUGCAAAAGCGGUUUUUGAGCGAUGUUGCCACUAUUAAAAUGUUGUUGAAAGUGGUGGGGGUGAUGCAUCCGGAUUUCAACUUCGGUUGGGUGCUGGAAGAGGUCGUUGAUACGUUGAAACAAGAGUUGGAUUUUGUUAACGAGGGGAAAAAUGCCGAAAAGUGUGCCAAAGAUAUGGAAAAGUUUGAUUUUGUUCAUGUUCCCAAAGUCUACUGGGAUCUCACAAGCUCGAGGGUUUUAGUGAUGGAGUAUAUUGAUGGUUGCAAGAUUAGUGAUGUUAAGUUUUUGAAAGAAAAUAAGUUUUCGUUGAAAGAUAUCAAUAUUAAGUUGUUUGAAGUUUUUGGGCACCAGAUUUUUCAGACGGGGUUUGUGCAUGGGGAUCCYCAUGCUGGAAACAUUUUGGUCAGACGAGUGGAGGGCAAAACCCAACUAGUCCUCCUCGACCACGGCUUAUACCAAAGUCUAAAACCCCAAGAAAUGGUGGCUUUGAGUCACAUGUGGAAAGCCAUAGUGUUACAAGACCACGAACACAUGAAAUUAUAUUCGAAACAAUUAGGAGUUGAAGAUUAUGUUGUUUUUGCCGAAAUUUUGACACAAGCGCCUUUACGAAGACACAAAUUUAAAUUACACGUGAGGUUGACUGAAGAAGAUUUGAAACACAUGACUGAAAUUGCAAGGACGAGGUUUGAUGCUAUUAUGAAGGCUUUGAGGUUGAUGCCCACUUCUUUGUUACUUGUUAUCAGAAAUUUGAACACAAUCCGGGCUAUAGCAUACGACCAUGGUAAUCCAAUUGAUAGAUACACAGUUUUAGCAAGGGCGGCUACAAAAACAGCCCUUAAGGACGAGAGUUCAAAAAAAUUUCUCCAAACUCCUUUAAAAAUCUACUUUGAAGUGGUUUUAUUUUUAAAUAGGCUCAAUUUAUGGUUUAGAAAUGUGAUAUAUAAUUUGUUGGUUAAUUUAGGUUUGCUUCCAGAUUUGAAGCAAAUCAUUGUUGUUCCUCAGGUUUGAAAUAAAUAAAUUUUAUUGUGUUACAAUCUUGUUUAUUCAACAAUU